AAAUGAACGUCAUCUUGUUAUCGGAGAUAAAACGGAGAUAUCAUGACAUCAUGUAGCAUAGUCAAAUCUUGGACUUUGUCUCCUCUUAACACAUAUUGAACCAGUCUACCCCGCCCCUUUUCGCACCAGCUCCUCCAACUCAAUCACAUUCCUGAAAUUCUCACGAUUCACAAAUGGGUGGUAAUGGCAAACACAGAUGGAAAAUCUCAUUCCACAGCAAAUCCUCCUCCUCUUCCUCAUCCUCUUUUGUAUCUCAACCCCCGGUUGAAUUCCUUUGCCCCAUUUCGGGGAGCCUCAUGUUUGAGCCUGUCAUCGUCUCUUCGGGCCAGACUUUCGAAGGAACGUGUGUCCAAGUGUGCCGUGAUCUUUCCUUUGUUCCGUCUUUACCUGACGGAACAUUCCCUGAUUUCUCCGUCCUCAUUCCUAAUUCUGCUCUCAAAUCGAGUAUUCUAACAUGGUGCAAAACAGCCAAUUCUCCACCUCCCAAUCCGCCUGAUUACCUGGCGAUCCAGUCAAUUGUAAGGUCUCGAAUGAAGCAUCACUCGGAUUCGGAGAGUGAUCUGUUGAGAGGCGUGGGAGAUAAGCCGCGCGUGCUUUUCUCCCACGCCGCCACCGAGAUCAACCCCCGUGUUGACCAUUUCUACUCCUCUUCCAGUUCUCAAGACUCCGUGAUUGCGAAUGUCACUGUCCCUGCCACGCCUCUGCUCCCUUUCGCUACUCGCCCCUCCUGUUUCUCCAAUUCCGACGAUUCAUCAUCGGAAUUCGAAGCCUCGGUUUCCGAAGAAUCGCAACUCAUCACUCAGCUCAAGAGCGCUGACGUGUACGAUCAGGAACAAGUACUGAUUAGCUUGAGGAAGAAGACUCGAAUCAACGAAGAAUCUAGGGUUUCGCUUUGCACUCCAAACCUAUUAAUCGCACUCAAAUCUUCAAUUUCAUCGAAAUACUCAGAUGUUCAAGUGAAUGCAGCGGCUACAAUCGUGAAUCUCUCUCUGCACAAACCGAAUAAAGUGAAGAUCGUACGGGCCGGGAUUGUUCCGUCGCUAAUCGACAUUUUGAAAGGCGGCUUGCCGGAGUCACAAGAGCACGCCGCCGGCGCGUUGUUCAGCUUAUCUCUCGAAGACGACAACAAGACCGCGAUCGGCGUGCUCGGCGCUCUGCCGCCGUUGCUCCACGCGCUCAGAUCGGACAGUGAGCGGACUCGGAACGACUCGGCGCUGGCGCUGUAUCAUUUGUCGUUAAUCCAGACGAACCGAGUCAAACUCGUGAAACUCGGUGCCGUGUCAACUCUGUUGACUCUGCUAAAACGCGGUGAGUUGUUGGGGAGAGUAUUGCUUGUAAUGUGCAAUUUGGCUUUGUGUGCGGAAGGAAAGUCAACGAUGCUUGACUCCAACGCGGUGGAAUGUUUGGUGCAAAUUUUACGGACCGAGUUGGAGUCCGAGUCGACUCGGGAGAAUUGUGUUGCCGUGUUGUACUCGUUGAGUAGUGGGAGUUUGCGGUUCAAGGGUUUGGCCCGGGAGGUGAGAGCGGCGGAGGUUUUACGUGUCGUGGAGGAGAACGGGAGCGAGCGAGGACGAGAGAAGGCGAAACGGAUGUUGAUGAUGUUGAGGGAACGGGACGAGGAGGCGGGAGAGGAGGUGGAUUGGGAAGGGGUGCUGGAAGGUGGACUGAGUCGAUACCGAGUUGGUAGGAAGGUUACGGGUCCUAACUCAACUCAGUUUUGACCCACCGAGUUAUGAAAUUGUUAUGAUUCUUAGAUGUGGAUGGUUAAUUUAUUAAAUCGCGUGUCCAUCAUUUGUUGACGAGAUACUUGAUUUGCUGAUUGUUGUAUAUACUUUAUGUUAUUAGUAAAUUAGUUCGAUUCGAUAUUUUAAUGUCAUUGUAUAAAAUUUUCAAUGGUAACCAUGAGGAAUGUUUGAAAUGUUC